CCGGCCUCACGCCCGGCUCGCUCUCUUUUGCAGGACUACUCCAAGUGCAAAGAAAUCAUGAUCGAGCGAGGGGAGAUUUUCCUCAGGAAGGUCUCCCUGUCGAGGAACAAGAUCGCCAAGCUCUGCCAUCCCUUCAUCAGAGACGGUGCCCGAAUAUUGACACAUGCCUACUCAAGAGUGGUCCUCAGAGUGUUAGAAGCAGCUGUUGAGUCAAAGAAGCGAUUCAGUGUUUAUGUCACUGAAUCACAGCCAGAUCAAGCAGGGCAAAAAAUGGCAAAAGCUCUGCGCAAGUUGAACAUUCCUGUGACUGUGAUUCUAGAUGCUGCAGUUGGCUACAUUAUGGAGAAAGUGGACCUGGUGUUAGUUGGUGCUGAAGGUGUAGUUGAAAGCGGAGGAAUUAUUAACAAGAUUGGCACUAAUCAAAUCGCUGUUUGCGCCAAAGCUCAGAACAAGCCAUUUUAUGUUGUAGCAGAAAGUUUCAAGUUUGUAAGACUUUUCCCUCUAAAUCAGCAGGAUGUCCCAGAUAAGUUUAAGUACAAAGCAGACACUCUGAAAACAAGUCAGAAUCUAACAGAGGAGCAUCCCUGGAUUGACUACACAUCACCAUCGCUAAUCACACUACUGUUUACAGACCUAGGUGUGCUGACUCCAUCAGCUGUCAGUGAUGAACUUAUUAAACUCUAUCUGUAACAAAGAGGGACUCAGUAUACAGGGUGUAUUAUUACCUUCUUCAGUGACCAUCACAGUUGUAAGAACUUGGAAGAUGACACAAGUUAUAUGGACAUGGUAAGACGAAAUUGUGAGGACUGAUGUAACUACCAGCCUUUUGAUUUUUUAAGGCAAAACAUUGCAUAUGAAUGAACCACUGUUUUAAAAAAAAAAAAAAAGUUGCUACAGCUUCUAACAGCCUAAAAUAAAUUAUUUAAAGAGGGGUGGAAUGUUUUGAUAACGUACAAUAAAAUACCUUAC